AUGUCAAAGUGGUCCUCCCUGCGGGAGGGCAGUGACGGGUUUGACGACGUCAAUGAGGGAAGCGGGAUGCUCUCCUCCUGCGGCUACAUCGUGCACAUUCCGCCGCCCAUGUCGGGCCCAAGCCUCCCUGCAAGCGCCACCGAUAUUGCCGCCGUCACGCUCCCGAGCGUUCGGGUCGCGCCAGACGUCACACAAAGGGCGGUGACGUGGUACGAGGUGCUCGUCCGCUCCACAACGCACCAGUGGAGCGUCAUGAAGCGCUUCUCCGAGUUCUUUGACCUUUACAGGGCAAUGGAGAAGAUGAGUCUUGUGCAGCUUGCGAAGCGGCAGUUGGAGCGGACCUUUUCCUCUCCGCCGUCGCGCCUGUUUCCAACCCACCGGCGACAGCAGCAGCUGGAAGAGUUUGUGCAGUCGCUUCUGCAGACGUUGAAGGACCUGUCUGUGCGUUAUCUUUGCGCCGCCGGUCCGGAGCCGGAGGGGAGUGCCUCGCGACCGCCGACGUCGGCAGUGACGCGUGCCGCCUUUGCAACGUUUGUUCGUUUUCUCACCACCACCUCGUACGAUGCCUCGCUGGAUGGCGCGCUGGCCGAGGCGGGCGGUGGCGUCACGGCGCCGGUGGUGGACAAGGCUGCUGCCGCCGACUGCCUCAUUACAGACGAGCGGACGCAUCUGCCGCCGGCCAAAAUUAUGCAUGCGCCGAAGCAGCUCUUUAUUAUUAUGCUGCAGCUUCCCGGGGCUUGCAUGUCAACCGUGUUUGUGAAAUCCUCGGAUGACUCGCGUGAGAUCGUCGUUGGCGGCUCGUGGAACGCCGACAUCACCGGACCCGACUCCGUCUACGUCGAGACACCGGAGUCGCCGCAGGGCGACGUCUCUCCCCCCUCCAGCGACGGUGCGGUGGAGGGGGGAGAGACGCCGAGGGCUGCAGGCGCGCCCUCAUCAACCAAAGUACUGGUGGACACGUUUCCAAUGGGCGAAUUCCAGAUGGAGUUUGAGGUGCCGCCGCCUUUUGCUGUGGAUGAGUGGCGGAGCCAGUACAAGGGCGGCAUUUUGUUCCUCAGCUGGCACUACUUUUCACCCACCGUUGCCCCUUCGACGGAGAGCGCCUGA